UGCUGACGCUGAGCAGGAGGACAAUAAAAGGUGAAUGAAGUGUCCAUUUCAUCACACAAGAAUUUCAGCUGGACUCAGAGAGGAGCAGACAUCAUUUUACUAUCUUCUUACCAAGAUGAACAGGUGCUUUGGGAUUUUGUGUGCAUCGCUCCUCUUUUUUUCAAUGUUCUCUGACACCAUCCAGCUGGCAAAGGAGAAAAGAGGCUGGACUCUCAAUAGUGCCGGCUACUUAUUAGGUCCCCAUGGUGUAAAUGGACACAAGGUAUUGGGAGACAAGCCUGGUCUUGCUGGCAAGAGAGACAUGGACCAGGAGGAGGACUUCCAAACAGAUACCCAAAGGAACGCAGAUGAAGACAUUUUCCACACUGUUAUUGACUUCCUGUCAUACCUCAAAUUUAAAGAAAUGAUUGCCUUGGAAAGCCUGGCAUCCUCUGUGACAUCUGAUUAAACGGCUAAUGCAUCGUCAUAUAUCAACACCGUCAUACCCAACUGUUUGUACUGAAAUAACUGUUGUUAACUUGACAGUAAAUGUACUUGUCUUCUCCAACUAUUUUGUUAGUGGUUGUCUGGUAAUAACCAUCAUAUUGAGCUUGGUUGUCACCCAAUACAGACAUGAUGAUAUUUAAUAACAUUUAUUUUGAAAUGUAAAUAAACAUUAUAUCAAAGGUGUAAA